AUGCGUCGUGAUAUUGCGAGCGCGAUUGGUGUGCUUGGGUCACAGAUAACCGAGCUUGAAUGCAGGGCCGGUAGUCUAAUAUCUACUUUUUCCCUUCAGCAUUGUGCUGGAACACCCAGUAAGGAGAAUAUUGACCAGAUUCUUGAGCAUCAUACCUAUUUGGAAGUGUGGGAAAUGUAUCGGUCUGCUGAAAAGUACUAUUUAGACUUGGAAUUGGUAUUGAAAAAUCAACGCACACAAAGGCGAGCGGAAGCGCGAGAGCAACCUCUUCCACUGGAUGAGAAAGCACGGCCGUCUUUUAGUUCUAUGGGACUGGAGAAAAUUUCGCCUCUUCCAGUGGUGGAGACGAUUGAUUCGGUGUCUUCCUCUACUGACAUGCUUCGGGAUGAUUCUUUCGAUCGCAGAAAUGAUUCAAGGGAGCGACCACACAAACCAUCCAUUCCGCGCUCGGUCCUGGAGCCUUCUCCCCGGUGGCGUUCCCUGCAGCCGGUCGACCAUCCCGUGCGGGUGCGGAAGGACCUGCCGGAGGUGCCCUCGUCCACGGCGGUACGAUCGACGUGGCAUCGCGUCGGCUUCAUCGGCGAGCGCUGGACCGUAGUGCUGUCCUCGAAGUACGAUAGCAUCGUCAAGGCGUUUCUGCGCGACAUCGGGCUUGUCCACGACUUUACCUUUUCCUCCUUGGACAAGAUCGAGCUGGAUGAGGCGAAGGGGAGUAUCAUUAUAAAAUUUAAGGUGAGUCAUCCGGCCACGAUGAGCUCUAAGGACGUGGACCAUGUGUUGCGGACAAUCCCAUACGAUAACACGUGGGGGCUGUACUUUGAGGUGGUUUCGUUGGAAAACAUCGAUGUUAUGAGAAUUACCUUUCAUUCUGUCGGAUUUAUCGGAAGUCGAUGGGUCCAGGUUGUGGAAAACAACUGGCCAGGUUUCUCUGAGGCUUUCGUUUUUGACGCUUCACGUGCGCUCAACGUGGCUCCGAAAAGUGUGAGCAUUAUAAACUAUACAUCUAGCCCGGAGAAUGUCAUUGUCAACUGCCAUGUGUUGCAUUUAGCCACCCAGACCAAGGAGGAAAUCGAUAUGCUGUUGGAUAUGUACGAGUUUCAUUAUGUUUGGUCUCUUUACGACAAAAUUGUCGAUUCAAACGUUUCUCCACCCCUAAGCAGAGCGCCAACAGUACCGAGUGACCCUGCUCACACACAGGUAGCCCGUUACACACCUGAACCUCCUUUACACAACGCGAGCCACACAGAGCCAACCCAUGUUCGACAAUCCUUUUCCAGCUCUGGGACACGUUUCCCGAACAUUCGAAAUCCGCCUGUGGGGGUUACACGAAACGCCGAUUACAUAUCAAAUACCUCUCCUUCAACAGAAAAAAAAGGUGUCGCUUUACCGAUUAUACCUCAGGCCCAAAAGCACCAGACCUCGUCUACCGAUCCACGACACCAAGAGCAUCAUAGGUUAUCCGGAUCAAAGGAUCAUGAAGCCACCACUAAAGGUGGAGCCUUUUGUGUGCGGCCUGGGUUUCAACCAGGCCGCAUUUUAUCCGCCCAAAAGCAGCGUGUGAAUCUUCGUGAACUAAGGGAAGCCAUUUGCCGGAAGAGGCGCGCACGUCUGCAGGUAAAGAGGAAAGACCUUACGCACAAGGGAGCUGACUCUUUAGAAAAGGUUUGCGGAGUGAAUGUUUCCCCAAUCCCUCAAAAAGCUAAAAGAGACAUUCCUCUCUCAUCUAAUUCAAAAUCUAAACAACACGCAGCGCGUUUUCCGCCCAUAUUUCAUUAG